ACAUAUGCAUGCGCGCUCUCGCGUGUGCCGGAGCCGGGGGCGCUGCGCCCGCGUGUGCCGGGAGCGGAGAGCCGGGAUCCGGGAUCUGGGAUCGGGAUGGGCAGCGCGGCCGCGCCGCUGCGGGUGCUGGUGGACAUGGACGGGGUCCUGGCCGACUUCGAGGGCGCGGUGCUGCGGGAAUUCCGCGCCCGCUUCCCGGCGGAGCCGCGCGUGGAGCUGGAGGAGCGCAGGGGCUUCUCGGUGCGGGAGCAGUACCGCAGCCUGCGGGAGGACCUGGCGGCCAAGGUAGCCAGUGUCUAUGAGUCGCCUGGCUUCUUCCUAGACUUGGAUCCAAUUCCGGGAGCCCUGGAAGCUGUGCAGGAGAUGCUCCACAUGCAGGACACUGAAGUCUUCAUUUGCACGAGCCCUCUCUGGAAAUACGAGCACUGCAUUGUGGAAAAGUAUAAGUGGGUAGAGAAACACUUGGGACCCGAGUUUGUGGAGCGGAUUAUUCUGACCCGAGACAAGACCGUGGUGGCUGCUGACCUGCUGUUUGAUGACAAGGACACCAUCCAAGGCGCAGAGCCCAACCCGGGCUGGGAGCACAUCCUGUUCACCUGCUGCCACAACAGGCACGUCCAGCUGCCAGCCCCGCGCCGGCGCCUGCGCUCCUGGGCUGACGACUGGAAGGCCAUCCUGGAAAGCAAGCGGAGGCAGUAGUGCAGGAAGGGGAUGCUGCAUUCUUCCCACUGCCAGGGAACAACCAGCCCAUCUCCUCCCAUGGCCAGGAGGCACUGUCACUGCAGGGGUCAGUCACAGUAAAUGAGCUGCUCCUGUCACACAGUGCUCUUGGGUUUCUGGAAGAUUGCUCUGCACUCAGUUAAUCUCUGUAGCAUUUUGGAUGUUUGCUGUAGGAGAAGAGAAAUUAUAAACUACAAGCAGCUGUGGUUGGA